AUGUCGGACUCCCGCCCCACACCGACGCGAGUGUCCUUCGCUGCGGUCACCCCCAAUAACCUCGGGACCGUUAGGAAGCUCAACUCCGUCCUCUUUCCCAUCAAAUACAGCGAAAAGUUCUACAGCGACAUCGUCCAGCCCGAUCUCGAAGACUUCUGCCAACUAAUCUACUACAAUGAUAUUCCGGUCGGGACGAUGUGUUGUCGCGUGGAAGUGAAGGACGGUGUGGCCAAGCUCUACCUCAUGACUCUGGCGGUGCUCGCGCCAUAUCGUUCCAGAGGGAUCGGAUCUCAGAGCUUGAAGCAUCUCGUCGACACCGCCGCCGCGCACGCGAAGCCAAAAAUCAACGCGAUCUAUCUCCACGUCCAGGUUUCCAACGAAGACGCGAAGCGAUUCUACGCGCGCCACGGGUUCACCGAGGUCGGCCUGUACGAAAACUACUACAAGAAGAUCACGCCACACGACGCGUGGAUUCUCCAGCGGGAUAUCCAGCCCGCGGCCGCAGCCGAGGCGACGUGA